GGUCUGACCCUGGUUGGUUGUGUCUAACUUGACGAAGCCUCGGACCGCAGUAUUUAUAGCGUGUGAGGGUCUCGUUAAAGCGGAGUUCCGCUGCCUCCAAAGAGCCGCUCAUCUACCGCUGCGGACAUCACUCUGAUCCCGGUUUGAGUCUCGCUGGGUGUGACGAUGGCAGAGAGCUCACACUGUUUCUACUGCCGGGAAGACCUCGGGGGGAAGAGGUUUGUUCGCAGCGAGGGCAGGCCGGUGUGCGUCCGCUGCCACACAAAGUUCUGCGCCAACUCCUGCGCCGAGUGCCACCGACCAAUCUCUGUGGAGACAAAAGAGCUCAGCCAUAAGGGCCGGUACUGGCAUGAGGAGUGUUUCCGUUGCGCCAAGUGUUACAAGCCUCUGGCCAAGGAGCCCUUCAGCACCAAGGAUGACCGCAUCAUGUGUGGGAAGUGCUGCUCCAGAGAGGAUGCUCCUCGGUGCCACUGCUGCUAUAAACCCAUACUGGCUGGCACCGAGAGUGUGGAGUACAAAGGCAACUCGUGGCACGACGAAUGUUUCACCUGUUUCAACUGUAAACGGCCAAUAGGGUCGCAGAGUUUCCUCUCCAAAGGAAAUGAUGUUUACUGCAGCCCCUGCUAUGACAAGAAGUUUGCCAAACACUGCAUCAGCUGCAAGAAGCCUAUAACCUCUGGAGGAGUGAACUACCAGGACCAGCCAUGGCACAGCCACUGUUUUGUGUGCAGCUCCUGCUCAAAGCCUCUGGCAGGGUCGAGUUUCACCAAACACCAGGACCAGGUCUUCUGUGUCGACUGUUACAAGAGCUCUGUGGCUAAGAAAUGCAGCGGCUGCCAAAACCCCAUCACAGGUUUUGGUAAAGGAGUGAACGUUGUGAACUAUGAGGGCAGCUCCUGGCAUGAGUACUGCUUCAACUGUAAGAGAUGCUCCCUCAGUCUGUCCAACAAGCCUUUCAUUACCAAGGGAAGAGACAUCCUCUGCACCGACUGUGGCAACAAGUAGUGACGGAGAGCCCGGUCAUGGUCUAAAAGCAGUUUAUGCAGUCAUUAAGUUUUUGUUUGUUUGUUUUAUUUUUGCAUUAGGGCCCGAGUCUUCAUUUCAAUAUUGUGUUUACUCAUUAUGUGACGGAACAUUGAGACCAAAAUGUAAUUUGUGUCCGCUGUUGAAAGUUUUCUCUGAUGCUGCAUGCUAACACUUCAACAUACACUGCGACAGAGGUGACUGGCUUUGUGCUAAAACUUUGAGAAGCCUGAAAGGUAAAUAGUCUGGCGUUUCCUGUAAUGUGAUGCUACGUGUGAAUCUACAGGUCAGAUUUUUAUUGAGCAGAUUGUUGUGCUUACAGUGUAUGCUCAGGUGUUAGCAUAAUGUUAGAGGUUAGUUUGUGUUUUUUUUUUUUAAAUUCAGGAAUCAAUGCUUGUAUGUUGCUGUUAGAUGACACAUGCAUUUGAAAUAAAUAUAUAAACUGGGAUCAUUUUAAUUGUAAUUUUUCAUUUUCUUUUAGCACAAAAAUACUGCUUAUAUUAGUGACUUAACUGUCUUGUUUUUCUAUGUUUGAAAUGUGAUAUUUUCCUAUGACCAAAAAAAGUGUUUGUUUUUUUAAAUAAUCAAAAUGAUAUCUGUUUCUAACUGCUAAUUGCGAAGGAAUUACGAUGCUUUUUGUAUUUUUCAAGUUAAUAAACUUUUAUGCACUUUUCUGAACCAUUUUCAAGAUAAAAAUAAAUAUCAGAUUGGAAUAUAUGCAGACUGCAUGCCUUGAUGUGUUGCUUAAAUGAAAUAAAUGUUCUAUGAAACUAA